GAGGACAAUGAGGAGGCAGAGGAUAUGGAGGAUGGGGAAGAAAAAGAAGACGAGGAUGAAGAAGAUUUCUUCACGCAAGUUUUGACAGUGAUCUUUGUCAUCUUGAUGUGCAUCCUCUAUCCUAUCGGGAUCAUCUUCCACCCUUUUGUGAGCAUCUUGAACACCGGACUCCAGGUCGUCCAGUAUAUCAUCUUUGGGGACGACGACGAGGACGAGGAUGAUGAGAUGGAGGAGGAAAGGGUGGAGAGGGAAGACGGGCAAAUGGAAGAGGAAAGGAAUGAGAGGAUUGAUGUAUUCGUUGGAAAGAUCUUCGCCGUCUUUGUGAUGCUUCUUAUCUGGGAUUUCAUCCAUGUAUCCAUCUAUAACAUCUGCAAGACUGGUAUCCAGUUCAUCCACGGUAUGAUGGGAAACGGGUACGUCGAAGAGGAGAGAGCCCUGGUCGUCUUCGGGGAAACAGGAGAUCAUACUCACCAAGGCCCACAUCCUGGCUCUGCUCUAAACAACCUCUGGGCAUUCAUCCGCCAUGCUUUCCAUAGCAUCUUCCACACUGAACAUGCUGAAGUCCAGCUAGGCCAAGUGAAGGAGGACGAGGAGGAGAAGGAGGAAGAGGGCGGCAUUGUUUUUGUUGGUACAAUCUAUGCCGUAUUUGUUGCCCUUUUCGUGUGGGACUUUAUCCGUUCAGCAAUCACUUCCUUUUACCCGACCAACCAACAUCCAGCUCGUCCAGGGGAUCAUGGUGAGGAAUAGGGGUGGACGAGCAGAGACACACAACACUCUCUUGAGACAGAGGAUAUGACCCAGGCAAACAUCUCUACCUAUAGGCGACAUUGAGAAGAUGAGGAGUAGUAGGAGGAGGAAGAUGAGGAUGAAGAAGAAGAAGA